UAAAAGCAUUGCUAUUGCAACUUGCAUUCAGUAGAUCCUUAAUAGAUGUCUAAUUUCUUUUUUCGCGGUGCAUUUCGGGAGUUGCUGUCUUUGUGUUGGUUGCUGGGAGUCGUGGUCUGAGCCAGCCUCAGGGCGUGGACGAACCUAUCAAGCGGCGGGUUUUAGGACCCAGCGGGGCACCGUGGGCCUAGGGAAGGGCCAGGGGAGGUCGGGAGUGGAGCCGUAAACCCCGAGCAGCGGCGGCGUCGGUGGCGUCGGGAGCUAACGCGCCCAGGAGCGGCGCGGGUGGUAGAGGAAGAACGCGGGGCUCGAUUCUCUAACCAUGGCACAGGUAGAGAAACGGGGGGGCUUGCUCCGAAAAUCUUCAGCCUCCAAAAAACCACUGAAGGAAAAAGUGGUGCUGAUGUAUGAUGAGAUCUUCAUGACAGAGGACCCUAGUAAGUGCAGCCCUCGAUUUUGGGAGGAGCUUUUCCUCAUGAAGGUGAAUUUAGAGUACCUAGAAGGCAAGCUGGAAUCUCUUGAUGGUGAGGAGUUAAUGAAGAUCAAGGACAACAUUAAUUGCUUAUUUCAACACUGCAUUCAGGCUCUGGGAGAGGAACAUCCAAUUCGAGUUGUCAAUGCAUUGCAGACCUUGUGUGCACUCAUUCGAGGAGUACAUCAAAAGAAUAAGUCUACGUCUGGGUUUGACAUUAUCAACAUGCUGAUGGGCUUUGACAAGGCAGAGCUGUGCAUGAAGAAUUUGAUGGAGAGUUUGGAUUCAUUGCUUUGUGCAGAAGGUUCUGAAAGCCUGAAGAGUUUAUGUCUUAAACUUCUCCUUUGUUUAGUGACUGUGACAGAUAACAUCAGCCAGAACACUAUCCUGGAGUAUGUAAUGAUCAACAGCAUAUUUGAAGCAAUUUUACAGAUACUCUCCCACCCCCUAAGUCGUAGGGAGCAUGGGUAUGACGCUGUAGUCCUCUUGGCUUUGCUGGUGAACUACAGAAAAUACGAGUCUGUGAAUCCUUAUAUUGUGAAGCUGUCUAUUGUGGAUGAUGAGGCCACGCUCAAUGGAAUGGGGCUUGUGAUUGCUCAGGCUUUAUCUGAGUACAACAGGCAGUAUAAAGACAAGGAAGAAGAACACCAAAGUGGUUUUUUCUCUGCUUUAACAAAUAUGGUGGGCAGCAUGUUCAUAGCAGAUGCUCAUGAGAAAAUAUCAGUACAAACCAAUGAGGCCAUCCUUCUGGCACUUUAUGAAGCUGUUCAUUUAAAUCGCAACUUCAUCACAGUGUUAGCUCAGAGUCAUCCAGAGAUGGGUUUGGUGACGACUCCUGUCAGUCCUGCUCCAACAACCCCAGUCACACCACUUGGUACCACACCACCCUCUUCUGAUGUUAUAAGUUCUGUGGAACUCCCACUGGAUGCAGACGUACAAACCAGUAAUCUGCUGAUAACCUUCUUAAAGUAUAGCUCAAUUGUCAUGCAGGACACCAAAGAUGAGCACCGGCUUCACAGUGGCAAACUCUGUCUGAUUAUCCUUACGUGUAUUGCAGAGGAUCAGUAUGCCAAUGCAUUUUUGCAUGAUGACAAUAUGAAUUUUCGAGUAAACUUACAUAAAAUGCCUAUGAGACACAGGAAGAAGGCAGCAGACAAGAACCUUCCCUGCCGUCCUUUAGUAUGUGCAGUACUGGACCUGAUGGUAGAAUUUAUUGUAACGCACAUGAUGAAGGAGUUUCCUAUGGAUCUCUAUGUACGCUGCAUUCAGGUAGUACAUAAGCUACUUUGCUACCAGAAGAAGUGUAGAGUACGCCUGCAUUACACCUGGCGGGAACUCUGGUCAGCCUUGAUAAAUUUGCUGAAGUUCCUUAUGUCAAAUGAGACUGUACUUUUGGCCAAACACAACAUUUUUACAUUAGCCCUUAUGAUUGUGAACCUAUUUAAUAUGUUUAUCACAUAUGGCGACACAUUCCUGCCCACCCCCAGCAGCUAUGAUGAACUCUACUAUGAGAUUAUCCGCAUGCACCAGAGCUUUGACAACCUCUACUCCAUGGUCCUGAGGCUCUCUACCAAUGCAGGCCAGUGGAAAGAAGCUGCUAGCAAGGUGACCCACGCAUUGGUUAAUAUCAGAGCCAUCAUCAACCACUUUAACCCCAAAAUUGAGUCCUAUGCUGCUGUGAAUCACAUAUCCCAACUGUCGGAGGAACAGGUGCUGGAGGUAGUGCGAGCCAACUAUGACACACUCACACUGAAGCUGCAGGAUGGGCUGGACCAGUAUGAGCGCUAUUCAGAGCAGCACAAGGAAGCUGCCUUCUUCAAAGAGCUGGUUCGAUCCAUUAGCACCAAUGUGCGAAGAAACCUGGCCUUCCACACACUCAGCCAGGAAGUCCUACUCAAGGAGUUCUCCACUAUCUCCUGAGGCCAUGCCGACCUGAGCAGCCACUGACUGCCCUUAUCCAUGAGACUUCGGGGCUGGAGGGGGCGUAAGGGGAGAGGAGGCUGUCCCCAAGGUUGGAGAACAACACAGACACCAAGUUCUCUCAGUGAAGGCUGCACUUCAGUGGAGCUUGGACAGCAGGUGCCAGGAGGGGCA